AUGUCCGUACCUCUCAAGGUUCCCGAGGGCAACAUGCCUGCCUCCUGGUACUACCAGCCUGCCUUUUUUGAGUUAGAGAAGCGUGCCGUCUUCUCUCGCCAUUGGCUCAUGACCACUCAUCGUUCUCGGCUGCCCGAGACCGGUAGCUUCCUUCGUUUUGAGAUGGCCGGCUUCGACUUCUUCCUGAUUAAGGAUAAGAAGGGGGAGAUCCAUGCUUUUCACAAUGUGUGCCGCCACCGUGCUUACCCUAUCCUUGAGGACAAGGACGGUCGCGAGGGCAAGAAGCUUAUCCUCAGCUGCGGCUACCAUGGAUGGUCAUAUGGUCUUUCCGGAAACCUAGCCAAGGCCCCGAAGUUUGAAGAGGUCGAGGACUUCCGUAAAGAGGAUUACUCCCUCUUCUCCAUCCACACUCAUAUUGAUAAGCUCGGCCUUAUCUGGGUCAACUUUGACGCUUCUGACACUCCCAUUCCCUGGGAAGAGCUCAAUGGUGGUACAGACGAGCAGACUCGCUUCGAGGAUUUCAACCUCGACGAGUACGUUUACGAGCGUACGUGGACUACCAACGGGAGUUACAACUGGAAGCUAGUUGGUGAGAACUACAACGAGUGUUACCACUGCCAGGCAUCGCACCCUGGUAUCACCAAAAUCACGAACCUCGACCGCUAUUCGGUCGAGACCAGGGGCGAUAACAAGGGACGUAUGGAGCACUUCCCGCCGAACAGAGAUGACAUCAAAGAAGAGGAUGUUCAGUUCUUCGGCAAUGGCGCUUUCACGUUUAAUUACCCCAACACUUCCCUGAACCUGUCCACUCCCUACUGGUUCCUGAUGCGCGUGGUUCCCAAGACCCCAACCACGGUCACGACUGAGUAUCAGGUGUACCGCAACCCAAACUCGGCUCGAGAGCACUUUGAUCGAGCUGCUGAAUUCUUCGAGGGCAUCGAGGUUGAAGAUUUCCACCUCAUGAAUGGUGUACAGCAGAAUCUUGGUAACAAUGUCUUCGUCAAUGGACCCUUGCAUUCCACUCGCGAGUCAGGCACCAUGGCCUUCAAGCGCCUUCUCAAGAAGGACCUCCAGAAGCACUUUGACGCCGAGAAGAAGCUUGGCGCCGAAAUCCACUUCUCUAGGAGGAACACUCAGAUCCACCCCUCGAUCAAUGUGGAGGAGAACUUUUGCGGUGAAGUCUGCGCUUGCCGGGCCGCUGCCGAGGCCGCUGCUUAA